AUGCUUGCAUAUCGACAAUAUAAGCUGCAACGAGAAUCGGCUGAUUGGCAGUUGGAUGCCCUACUGGAGGAGCUAUCUGCGCUGGAAACUCAGCUGAACUCGUCGAGCGGUGGCGAUCAGCUCCUCCUUGGCAUCCCUUCGCUACCGUCGGGCUCGUCUACUGGAGUAACUCAUACGGAGAAGAAAACCUGUGCCGUAGCUGCCCAACAACGCAAAGUGGAAAGCAAAGAAGAUGUUGGAGUUACGUUAUUUACGAAAAAACCUGGAAGAAGGGGAACGACAAUGGCGUUUGGACGGAGUGCGAAGAAAUUCUAUUUGAGACGCUGA